AGAAGAAGAAGAAGAAGAAGAAGGGCGAGGACGGAUCUACUGCUUUCCUUUCUGCUGCUACGGGGGGUUUUCCUUCUUGCUGUCUACUGUUCCUUUGAUGCUGCUGGCUGCGAGGUUCAACUACGACUGCGUGUUUGCUUGGUGGACAGUCAAGCAACCUCGCUAGCUGGACUAUAAUAUAAAAUUAUCUGAAGACCGCCCCCUUUUGGUACGCACGCCGGAACGACGAGACACGAUGGCCUCCCAGUCGCAGGUUGGGUCGUAUUCGAACCCGCUGAAGAAAUUCAAGCUGGUCUUUCUCGGUGAACAGAGUGGUACGCAGACGGGCAGAGACAGAUGCAUACACAAGAUGGACCACAGGCUGACGGAGAGACAGUUGGAAAGACCUCGCUGAUCACCCGGUUCAUGUACGAUUCCUUCGACAACACGUACCAGGCCACUAUAGGGAUUGAUUUCCUCUCCAAGGUGCGAUAUCCUGCUGCCUGCCUAGACAAUGCUACGAGAGAGAGAGAGAGAGGCGUACAACAAAGAUGGAGAGACUGACGGGAACAGACUAUGUAUCUAGAGGACCGGACGGUGCGUCUGCAGCUAUGGGACACGGCAGGCCAGGAACGGUUCCGCUCCCUGAUACCGUCGUAUAUCCAGAACUCGAACGUGGCGGUGGUGGUAUACGACAUCUCGAACGCAAAGUCGUUCCAGAAUACGCGCAAAUGGGUAGACGAUGUUCGUGACGAGCGAGGGAACGACGUCAUCAUCGCACUGGUCGGCAACAAGACGGAUCUCAACGACAAGCGGGAGGUCACGACAGAGCAGGGCGAGGAGGAGGCGAAGAAGAACGGGCUGAUGUUCAUCGAGACGAGUGCGAAGCUGGGGCAUAACGUGAAGAACCUGUUUAAGAAGAUAGCCCAGGCGCUGCCGGGCAUGGAAGGGGAGACUCCCAACAGCGACAACCAGAUGAUCGAUGUGAGCAUCAACCCGACAAAGCCGGUGAGCAACGACGCCUGUGCCUGCUAGCAUUACACCUUCACGAACCAUCUACGACCUCCCUUUCGACUUCUACGGGGGUAACUCAGCAUAUACUCCUUACCUCCUGCCUACACAUGCCCAUGUCUACGCCUUGCAUACAAACAUCCAGCCUGCACUGAGCCUGUAAUACUGCUCCCACGCUGAGCCUCCCUGUAUCCACCAUCCAACACUGCUGCCAGUGCCCUUUCUUGCCUGCAUCUUAGUAUCUACAUAGCUAUCUCUUAAUAUGCCAUGCCAUGCACCAGCUAGUCUAUAAAUAAUACAGCUAUCAACGCCUCGCAUCCACACAGCCCGUAUCCCGCCC